AUGUUGGAUCUUCCACACGAUUUCCCCGUGUUCCCGAUAGGCCAGCUUCUCUCCACGCUUCAGCGAAGCCACUUCCCUCGGAAGGCCAAUGCCGUCUUCAACUCCGAGCACCCGUUCAGUAUAAAUAAGAUGAUGUGGGCCCUUGAAACACUAGGAGCUCUCGUGAUCCUGGCGCCGUUGGCCAAUGCUUUCAUUCGGUUACCCUGCUCUAACCUCGUAACUCAGAGGUUCGACCCCUUCGACCUUGCCAUGGACCCUGAUGUGGAUAUAGGGGAAACUGCGACCUGCACCACCUGUAGGUUCAAAGAGGAUAAAUCGAACUACUGGACGGCUGUCAUGUAUUUCAAACACCCGAAUGGGAGUUACUUCAGGGUGCCCCAAAUGGCGAACCACAAUACUGGACCAGGUCUUCAGGCUGGAGGGAUGACCGUCUAUUACUUCCAGCCUGUUCCUCCCACUCGAAACCUUACCAUUGUCCCAUUCGCCAAGGGCUUCCGCAUGCUAGUCGGAAACCCUAUGCGUAGAACCAACGACAUUCCGUCCCACUUGACGGAGGCUCGGGCGACCACUUUCCGAUGCUUCCAAGGUAGCGAUCCCGGCAGCAUCGGCGCACCCGGGGGUGACGAGGACUCGUUCGAGUUCCCGGAUAGGCCAUGCACAGGGGGUAUUCGAUCAAACAUCUACUUCCCUCAAUGCUGGAAUGGCGUCGACCUUGAUCCUCCUGAUCAUCAGAGCCACGUCGCACACCCGAUCGGCGGUUUCUUUGGUACCGACUGCCCCGACAGCCACCCAGUUCGUCUACCAUUGCUAUUCAUCGAAAUCGUGUGGGACACCCGUCCUUUCAACGAUCCAUCCUUCUGGGAAAAUGGUCAACCUUUCGUUUUCAGUAUGGGCGAUCCCACCGGUUAUGGACAACACGCCGAUUAUGUCUUCGGAUGGGAAGGGGACUCCCUCAAACGCGCGAUGGAUGUCUGCACUUCGUUCGAUGGCAUCCCAGCAAACUGUCCUGCACUUACAAUUCAAGACAUGGACACCAUGAACAACUGCAGGCUCCCAGUCAAGGUUCCUGAGCCUGUCGAGGAUGUUUAUCUCGAUGCCCUCCCUGGGUGCAACCCCAUCCAGGCCGGACCUGAACCCGCCACUAUGGUACCGAGCUGCGAUGCCGUUUCAACCACAGUGGACGCGCCCAUGCCUACUGCCUCGCCGAACGUGGUGAUUCCUCCUUGGCCCGUAUGCUGGGACGGUCCUGGUGAAGACCCGUCUGGCUUGACGCCCAAGUGUGACCCUCCGAAGUCCCCGAAGAGGUCGCUGCCACGGAGAGGUCUCGAGGCGAGGGUUACCCCUGCUCCCCUGUAA